GACAACUACGACACCUCAUUGGCAUUUCUCUGCUUGAACAGCGCAACCGCUUCGAAGCUCCAAGCUCUCGUGUUGGUACAGGGCGUCCAGACCGCGCAGAACCUCGACUACCUCACUCUCUGUGUCCAAGCAGAGGCCUUGCGAAACGCAGCGGCCAAGUGCGAUGC